AUGACGAAUGGAUUCAAAGAUGAAACAAGUGCAAUUCCUGUGGCCAAAGAUAUUCGCGGCUAUCCUGUCGAUUUCGAAAUGCCAGGUGCCACAAUUGCGCAUAAAGCCCUCCAGUUCAUUUACAACCCUCAACGUUCCCUAGCUAAGUCAUCUGCAGCCAUGGUACAACGAUGGAGUAUUGCGUUAUCCGCCUAUUCCUACGACAUUCAUCAUCGCAGUGCGCAGUCCAUUCCACAUGCAAACUAUCUAUCACGCUAUGCCAUUUCAGAGGAGGCUUCUACGGGUGAUUGUCUACUCAAUCAACCUCUCCCGGUAAGCCGAUCUGAUCUAGUUCGCGAGACCAGGAAAUAUUACCACGCUAUCAUUUCCUGUGUCCGUCGAGGUUGGCGAGGUGAUAUCAAGCCUCGAGUUCCGGAAUUCUAUAAACGUCGUGAGGAAAUUCCUGUUACGUGUGAUGGUGUCUUGUACUACGGCGAUCGCAUAAUCGUACCUCCGACAUUGCGUACUGCUGUUCUCAAUGACUUACAUUCCGGUGAUCUCGGCAUUGAAAAGAUGAAAUCUCUUGCUCGUCUCACAUGCUGGUGGCCUGAAUUGAAUCAUGAUCUGAAUCGUAUUGCUAAAUCCUGUGCUGAUUGUGUUCACAAAACUCACAGACAGCCUUCGAAAUGGACACCGUGGCCGGUAUUUUCCGAGUCAUGGCAAAGAAUACAUGUGGAUUACUGUGGUCCAUUUUUUAACAAGUAUUACGCAUUGGUGAUCGUCGAUUCCUAUUCCCUUUGGCUAGAAGUGUACUUUACCACAACUCCCAGUUCAGAAUUUACUAUUCAAACACUCAGGAAAACGUUCAGUAAAGAAGGUGUCCCGCAUGCUAUCGUGACUGACAAUGGAAGUCAUUUCACUGCCAAGAAAGCUACUGAUUGGUUGAACUCCGUGAGUUGUCGGCACGUUCUCACUCCACCCCGACAUCCGUAA